AGUGCCGCCGCCGCCUCCGCCGCCGGUAGUUUGUGACUUGGACGCCAACAGUGACAACGCGCGCGCCGCAGAGUGCUAUCGAUAAAAACGUUGACGACCUUUUUUUUGUUUUUUGAAAUCGUUUUCGAUUAUAGUUUCGGCAAAAUUAGCUUCGAAAUAAUACAGUAAUAUAAAUAUAUAUUUAUUAAUUAUACUCUACUGAUCGGUUCGCUUUUUAUUUUUUUUUUAAUAAUAAUACUACUACAAUAUCGUCGUCGUCGUCGUCUUAUUCUUCGGGAUAUCGAAACCGUUCCGGCCGCGAGUGCAUGUCUCUGGCGGUCACCACUGACGUUUGGUUCGGUCGUGCGUGCCGCGCCGCCGUGAUGUUCUGAAAGCGAAAAAAGUGAGCCGUACUCAUCGCCAAAUGGUGGAGACGGUGACCCGACCGUCGGUGACGGCCAGCCUGCACGUCCUGGCCGCAGCCGCCGUUCUGCUGGCGGCCGCCGGAUGCGCUCGGGACGCAACAGUUACAGUUCCGGAAACGACAACGUCCUCCGUUCCCGUGGCUUCGACAUGCGGUCCUGGCAUGUUUCGGUGUUCCGACGGCAAGUGCAUACCGUUAGACUUGCUGUGCAAUAUGCAAAAAGAUUGCGACCGGGGAGAGGACGAGUUUCAAAGUUGCCCUCCUCCCGAAUGCGAGCCCGUCUUGUUGCCGUGCCGUCAAUAUCACUGGAACAAGACUUACUGUUACCCGCCGCACUACAGGUGUGAUGUUACCGUGGACUGCGUGGACGGUUCGGACGAGGCCGAUUGCACGUAUCGAAAAUGUCAGACCGAAGACUUUCGAUGCGAGGUCAACGGUCCGGGCAGCGGUCCGUGUUUGCCCAAGUCGAAGAAAUGCGACGGCUACUACGACUGUCGCAAUCACAAGGACGAGGAGAACUGCGGGCCGGCUAUCAACAUGUCUUGUCCGCUGGACAAAUUCCGCUGUUUGAACGGCCAAAAGUGCAUCGACCCGAAACUCAAGUGCGACCACCAGAACAAUUGCGGCGACAACAGCGACGAAGAGAAUUGCAACUUUGCCGCUUGUCACGUCGGACAGUUCCGGUGCGGCAACGGGCUUUGCAUUCCACUCAAUUACCAGUGCGACGGUUACGCGGACUGUCACGACGGCACGGACGAACUCAACUGCACGGCCCAGUCUUGUCCCGGUAAAUAUCUGUGUCCCCAGGGCGGCCCGAACAAACGGCCCAAGUGUAUCAACAAGUCGCAAUUGUGCGACGGACACAAAGACUGCGAGGACAACGCCGACGAAGAGGCGGCUUGUUCCUCGUUGAGUUGUCCGGCGUUGGGUUGCGAACACAAGUGUCAGGCGUCGCCCACCGGAGGCGCUUGUUAUUGUCCGGAGGGACGGAAAAUCGCCAACGACUCAAAGUCUUGUAUAGACCGCGACGAAUGCGCCGAAUGGGGAUUUUGCGAACAGAUUUGCAAGAACAUGGACGGAUCGUACGCGUGCAGUUGUUAUCCGGGUUACGACCUGGUGGACCGCAAGAAGUGCGUGGCCAACAACCGGACGCAAUCGUAUCAGGUGUACUUCGCGCAAGACAAGUCGGUCAUCAAAAUGGACUACAAGUACCAGAAUCAAAUCGUGUUGGCCAACACCACGUCGGCCAGCGGCAUGGACUACCAUUACCAGUACAACACGCUGUUCUGGUCGGACGUGAAGCUGAAGAAAAUCAAGUCCGCGCAGCUGCUGGACACCAAGAAGUUCAUCCGGGACGGCAACGCGAUGCCGUCCGAGAUCACGCUGCCCGGCAUGUGGGAACCCAUAUCGGUCGCGGUCGACUGGAUCGGCAACAAGCUGUACGUGGUCGACGGCGUCGGCCAGAAGAUCGACGUGUUCGAGCUGAACGGCCGGUGGCACGCCGUCGUCCUCAGCAGCAACCUGACCAACCCGUCGGACAUCGCGCUGGACCCGACCCAGGGGUACAUGUUCAUCGCCGACGGCAACCAGCUGAUCCGGGCCAACAUGGACGGCAGCGACGCCAAGGCCAUCGUCACCGACGCGGUGUACAGGGCGUCCGGCGUGGCCGUGGACAUACUCGACGGCCGGCUGUACUGGUGCGACUCGCUGUUGGACUACAUCGAGACGGUCGACUAUCAGGGCAACGACAGGCAUUUGAUACUGAGAGGGCCACAGGUGCCGUCGCCUUCCCGGUUGGCCGUGUUCGAGAACCGCGUCUACUGGUCGGACGGUACCAAGCAGGGCAUCUUGAGCGUCAACAAGUACGACCCGUCCACCGUGUCGUCCGUGUACAAGAACCGCGACAUCAAAGACCCGAAAUCGGUGAAAAUCGUCCACUCGUUGGUCCAGAGAGACGUGCCGUCGCCUUGCAGUAAGAACAACGCCGGUUGCCAACACAUGUGCAUAGUGACCAAAGGCGGAGAAGGCAAAGGCUCGUUGGCUUACAGAUGUGCUUGCAACAUGGGAUAUCAAUUGGCGCAGGACAUGCACAAUUGCGUUGCGGUCGAAGAAUUUCUACUGUACUCGCAACAAAGGUUCAUCAAAGGUAAAGUGCUGAACAAAGUGUCGCAGGGAUUCAGCGACGCCAUACUGCCGGUGUCGUCGAGAAGAGCCAGAUUUGUCGGUCUGGAUUUCGAUGCGCGAGACAACUAUAUUUACUAUUCGGACGUUCUGCAAGACGUCAUCUACAGGAUACACAGAAACGGGACAGGCAGGGAAAUAGUGUUGGCUUCGCAAAACGAAGGAGUCGAAGGGCUGGCCGUGGAUUGGGUGGCGAAAAACCUGUACUACAUCGACAGCAGGAAGGGCACGUUGAACGUGCUGAGCACCCGUAACGUGACCAACAAGAGGGUAUUAUUGAAAAACAUGAAGAGGCCGCGUGCAAUCGUCGUGCAUCCCAAUAAGGGUUACAUAUUUUUCUCCGAGUGGGACCGUCCGGCCAACAUAAGCCGGGCGCACACGGACGGCACGAACCUGGUCGUGUUCCGCAACAUAACGCUGGGUUGGCCCAACGGUCUGGCCGUGGACUUCGAGACGGACCGGCUUUACUGGUGCGACGCGCUGUUGGAUCACGUGCAGCAUUCCAAUUUGGACGGCACCGAUUUGAAAACCAUCAACACCACGUUGAUCAAACAUCCGUUCUCGAUUGUCACGCAUUACGAUUGGUUGUACAUCACCGACUGGCGGCUAGACGCCAUAAUCAAAAUACACAAGACGACCGGCGCGGUGGCCGGCAUCGAAGUGCGGGAGCCGCAGAACAACCGGCUGUACGGCGUCAAGAUCUACAGCGAACACGAGCAGUUCAUCGAAUAUUCGCAUCCGUGUUCCAAAGUGUUCAACUACGGCAGCUGUCAGAAGUUGUGUUUCGGCGUGCCCACCAACGGGUCGUCCACGCUGAAAGCCGUGUGCGGUUGUCCGUACGGCGAGAAAGUCGACGUGGACGGCAAGACUUGCGUCCCCGACCCGAACGCCGAGCCGCCGGUGACCGCUUGCCCGAACGUGUGGGACUUCACUUGCAACAACAUGAGGUGCAUACCCAAAGCUUGGGUGUGCGACGGAGACGACGACUGUCUGGACAAUUCCGACGAAGAACAGAACUGCACGAAACCCACCUGUGCCCCAGGCGAAUGGCAGUGCGGUUCCGGUCGUUGUGUGCCCGGCACGUUCCGGUGCGAUGGCGAAAACGAUUGCGGAGAUUACAGCGACGAAACCGGAUGCACGAACGUGACGUGCUCGACCACACAAUUCUUAUGCGAUAACGGCCGUUGUGUGCCAUCCACGUGGAAAUGCGAUUCGGAGAACGACUGCGGAGACGGUUCGGACGAGGGUGACUUUUGCGCGGAGAAGACUUGCGCAUACUUCCAGUUCACUUGCCCGCGUUCCGGACACUGUAUUCCGCAGACUUGGGUGUGCGACGGCGACAACGAUUGUUUCGACAACCAAGACGAAGAGGGUUGCCCGCCGAUCACGUGUUCGCCCACGCAAUUCAAAUGCGCCGACCUCAGACAGUGCAUACAAGAAACGUACAAGUGCGACGGUAUCCUGGACUGCAACGACGGCAGCGACGAACUCGGUUGUCCUACGUUGGCGCCCAACCAGUGCGACACCGAAAAGCAAUUCAGGUGCGAAAAAUCCGGCAUAUGCAUACCGAAAACGUGGUACUGCGACGGCACGGCCGACUGCGAUGACGAUUCCGACGAGCCGAAAACCUGCGGCCAAGUGUCGUGCCAGUCCAACUACUUCAAGUGCAACAACUCGCAGUGCAUUUUCAAAGGUUACAUUUGCGACGGCCGGGACGACUGCGGCGACGGGUCCGACGAAGACUACAGGCUCGCUUGCACCGCUCCGCCUUUCAGAUGCAUGUCCGGCGAAUGGCAGUGUCCGAACGCGACGGAACGUUGUAUAAACGUGACGAGCGUUUGCGACGGUAAACCCGAUUGUCCGAACGGCGCCGACGAAGGUCCCAACUGCGACCUGCCGGAAUGCGACAAACAGGGUAGUUACUGCUCCAACGGUUGUAAACAAACUCCAGUAGGACCGCUGUGCACUUGUCCGCAAGGCGAAAUCCUCAACACCACGUACGAGUGCAUGGACUUGAACGAGUGCGAUCCGCCCGGCCUGUGUUCCCAACACUGUACCAACACCAAAGGAAGCUACUUCUGUUCGUGCGCGACCGGCUACGUUCUAGAAUCGGACAAACACGCGUGCAAAGCUCUGAAUCAUAGCGCGGCGUUUUUGAUCAUAUCCAACCGGCACUCCAUCCUGGUGGCCGAUCUCAAAGAGCAGGGUCUGGAACGAGUGCCGAUCACGGUGGAGAACGUUGUGGCCACGGCUUCGAACAUGCACACGGGCACCAUAUUCUGGUCGGACAUGAAACUGAAAAAGAUAUCCCGGUUGGACAAGAGCAGCGAACCAAAAGACAUUAUCACCUCGGGUCUAGACUUGGUCGAAGGAUUGGCUUACGAUUGGAUCGGCGGACAUGUGUAUUGGCUGGACUCUCGGCUGAACACCGUCGAAGUGGCCAACGAGAACGGCACGAAUAGAAUUAUACUGCUCAAGGAAAACAUCACGCAACCCAGAGGAAUGAUGCUGGACCCCAGUCCCGGUGCGCGGUGGCUGUUCUGGACCGAUUGGGGAGAAAAUCCGAGAAUCGAACGUGUCGGCAUGGACGGCACCAACCGUUCUGUUAUCAUAAGCACCAAAAUAUAUUGGCCGAACGGUUUGACGUUGGACAUUGUCAAUCAGCGCGUUUAUUUCGCCGACUCCAAGUUGGACUUUAUCGAUUUCUGUUACUACAACGGCAGCGGCCGUCAACAGGUGAUCGCCGGUAGUCAUUACCUUUUGCACCCUCAUUCGCUGACCCUCUUCGAAGACACGCUGUACUGGACCGACAGGCAACUGAACAGGGUGAUAUCGGCUCAUAAAUUUAAAGGGAAAAAUCAAACCGUCAUUUCGCAUCUGAUUUCGCAACCGCUCAGUAUUCUCGUACACCAUCCGUCGUUGCAGCCGAUCACUCCCAACCCGUGUGAAAAUGCCACCUGCGAACAGCUGUGUCUGCUUUCGCCGUACGCGCCCAACGGUUACACGUGCAAAUGUAAACCAGGAUACAAAGUCACCAGUUCGGGCCGGUGUCUGGAAACCGAAUCUCCUUUCCUGUUGGUCAUGAGGGGCUACCAAAUAAUCGACGUCAGCUUAACGCCCGGCGACAAGACCACCGGGCACAUUAUUCCCAUUGUCGGAAUCGAAGGAGGCACGCAGACGGACUACGACACCGAAACCAGAUCUCUGUUCUGGGUGGAAGGACUGAAAGUGAACGAAGAAGACGAGACGGUCAACACCGUUAAUUGUACGCUCAUGAUGUCACCGUAUCACGGAGGAAACAAAUCGUCGUUGCUGGGAGAACUCACAGGGUUCGUCGGCGCUCCGUUCGUGAUAGCUUUUGAUUGGAUAGGCCGCAAUUUAUACAUCGGCAACCGAGAGUCGUCCAGUUUGGAAUUGGUCAAAAUCGACGGCGUCAACAAGUACAGAAUGGUUUUGCUGUCGAACAACGGCAAAGACGUAUCGGUGGCGACACCCAUCGGCAUCGUUUUAGACCCCGGCGAAGGAAAACUCUAUUGGGCCGAUCAAGGUGGGUUCGGUGUGCCGCCGAAAAUCGGAAAAAUGAACAUGGACGGUACCAACCCUCAAGUGUUGAUUAACGACGGACACACGCCGGAAUCGAUAGCUAUCGAUUUGGAGCAGAAAAACAUUUACUACAGCACACAAUAUCCCAGCAACAUAAAAGUCAUGAGCGUUAACGGAAUGAAUCAUCGGACGUUGAUGAGCGACUACAACAGCAUCUCUUACCCGAAAUCCAUGGCCGUCUACGAUCGGUACUUGUAUUUCAUCGAUUCCAGGUACGAUCAUCUAGUGCGAGUCAAUUCCGACGACGGGACGAACAUGGAAAUAAUCAUCGAAAACGACCCGGACCUGAAAUCGUUGACGGUUUUCAACAAGCGGACCAACGCCAACCAUCCUUGCGCUUUGACCAAAAACGGCGGUUGUCAGCAAUUGUGCAUUCCCCGCGAAAACAACAACAGGGUGUGCGCUUGUUCGGUGGGCUACAAAAAGGAAUUGGACACAAAGUGCACUCCACACACGUCUUUCGCGGUCGUUUCUCAAGUAGAUCUGGUCCGCGGGUACAGUCUCACCGACACGUUGGACGCUAUCGUUCCGAUAUCGGGACCAGGACAUCACAUCUUGCACGUGGACGUGCACGUCGCGCAAAAUUGGAUAUACUGGGUGGAGUUCAACCGAGGCAUAUGGAACGGCAUAUACCGGAUAAGGCCCAACGGCACAGAACUGCAACACGUGAUCAAAGACGGCAUCGGCUCCAACGGUAUCCGGGGGCUGACCGUCGAUUGGAUUGCGGGAAACAUGUACUUCACCAACGUGUUCCCGCACGAGAACUACGUCGAGGUUUGCUGGCUGGACGGCUCCAUGCGGAAAAUCCUGGUGAAAACCACAACGGACGCGCCCAAAGAACUGGCGGUCAAUCCGAUCAAACGGCUGUUGUACUGGAUCGACUACGGCCAGUACCCGAAAAUCGGCAAAGCCUACUUGGACGGGUCCAACUGGAUGCCGAUCGUCACCACCGGCAUAAGUCAACCCAGAGACUUGACCGUGGACAUGGUCACGCACGACGUGUACUGGGUGGACGCUAGGCUGGACACCAUUCAAAAGGUGUCGUUCAGCGGCGGCGAGAGACAGGUCGUCCGGAGGAACGUGCCGAACCCGAUGGGCAUCGCCAUUCACCUGAGCGACAUGUACUGGGUGGACAGGAACCUGAAGACCGUGUUCAAGGCAUCGAAACUACCGGGAAACAGCACGGCGCCCGUUCCGAUCAGGACGGGACUUCCCAGGUUGCGCGACAUAGCCAUCUUCGACAUAAACACCCAGCCCAACGACGAUUCCAACUCUUGUUCCCGGUUCGGCAACGGUGGAUGCGAUCAGCUGUGUUUCUCGUUCCCGCCGUCGUAUUCGAUAAAUAAAUAUCUGUUCCGGUGCGACUGCGCCACCGGCGUCAUAGCCGCCGGCACCGGCACCAAAUGCGACACCGUGUCCGAGUACUUGGUGUACGCCACAAGGACCGAAAUAAGAUCGGCCAGCUUAGACCCUCUGUCCAACAUACUUCCGUUCAAACCGGUGGGUAAUUUGUCGAACGUCGUCGGCUUGGACUUUGACUACGCCGACAACAAGUUGUUCUUCACGCAAAUACGGCCCAUGUCGCAGAUAUCGUCGAUCAGCAGUAACGCGCCCAGUUACAGUCAAAUCAAAACGAUAAUCAGCCGCCGGAUCAACCCGGAAGGUAUAUCGUACGACUGGACUCAAAAGAAAAUCUAUUGGACCGACUCGUCCAACAACUCGAUCUACGCGAUGAACCUGGACGGUUCCGGGGUAGUGAUGAUCGCCAGAGUGGACAGGCCGCGAGCAAUCGUGGUCGACCCUUGCAACGGAACCCUGUACUUUACCGAUUGGGGACGAUUCGGUACGGCCGGCAUGAUCUACAGAACGACGAUGGCGGGAUCGUUGAAAAAGGCCAUCAUAGACAAAGAUUUGUCGCAGCCCAGCGGACUGACGAUCGAUUUCGACGAGCAGAUGUUGUACUGGUCGGACGCGGUGCGCGAGAAAAUCGAAAGGUCCACGCUGGACGGCGCCAACCGGGAGGUGCUGAUCACGGCCACGAUAUACCCGUUCGCGUUGACCGUGCACGACAACUACAUCUACUGGACGGACCUGCAGCUGAGGGGCGUGUACCGGGCCGAGAAGCACACGGGCGCCAACAUGAUCGAAAUCGUCAAGCGGCUGGACGACUCGCCCCGAGACAUUGCCAUCUACUCCAAAGGCCGGCAAAAGUGUUCGGUCAACCCGUGCUCGAUAAACAACGGCGGGUGCGCCCAGAGCUGUCAUCCCGGGCCCAACUCCACGGCCGAGUGCAAGUGCGACGACAAUUCCAAACUGGUCAACGAGGGUCGGAUGUGCGUCAACAAGAACAUCACGUGCGAGGCCAACAAGUUCCAUUGCCGUAACGGCAAGUGUAUAUCGCGCAUGUGGUCUUGCGACGGCGACGACGACUGCGGGGACAACAGCGACGAAGACGUCAACUACUGCACGUACCAUUCGUGCAGCAGCAACGAGUUCAGAUGUGCCAACGGCAGGUGUAUAUUCAAAACGUGGAAAUGCGACCACGAGAACGACUGUAAAGACGGUUCGGACGAAGUCGGAUGCGUCUAUCCGCCGUGUGCCGACGGGGAGUUCACCUGUGCCAAUUUCAGAUGUAUUUCCAUGUCGCAGGUGUGCAACGGCGUAAACGAUUGCAAAGACAACGUGACAUCGGACGAGACGCACGACCGGUGUCCAAAGAACCUCACCUGUCCGGUGAACCACUUGAAGUGCGAGAAGACCAACAUAUGCGUCGAACCGUAUUGGCUGUGCGACGGCGACAACGACUGCGGCGACAACAGUGACGAGGAUCCGCUACAUUGCGCCCAGCGGACGUGCCCGGCCAACAGCUUCCGAUGUCCCAACCACCGGUGCAUACCUGCCACGUGGUACUGCGAUGGCGACGACGACUGCGGCGACGGGUCCGACGAACCGCCCGAGUACUGCAAGUCGGAGGGACGGACUUGCUUCGGCGACCUGUUCACUUGCGACAACGGCAAUUGUAUACCCAGGAUUUACAUAUGCGACGGCGACAACGACUGUUUGGACAACUCGGACGAGGACUCCAGACACCAGUGCAACAACCGCAAGUGCGACGAGACCACCGAGUUCACGUGUUUGGCAAACAAAGCGUGGAACCGAGCGCAGUGCAUACCGCGCAAGUGGCUGUGCGACGGCGACCCCGACUGCGUGGACGGCGCGGACGAGAACGCGACGGCGCUCAACUGCUCGACCGUGGUCAACUGCAGCGCCGACCAGUUCACGUGCGGCAACGGCCGGUGCAUCAACAAGGGAUGGGUGUGCGACCACGACAACGACUGCGGCGACGGCACGGACGAGGGCAAGGACUGUCACUCGCAGUACCGGACAUGUUCGCCGCGGGAGUUCGCCUGCCAGAACUUCAAGUGCAUCCGCAGCACGUACAGGUGCGACAACGAAGACGACUGCGGCGACAACUCGGACGAGUUCAACUGCGCCGGCAAAAACGCCACGUUGUGCGCACCGGAUCAGUUCCAGUGCACCAACGGCCAGUGCAUCAACUCGCGUUUGGUGUGCAACAAGGUGUCGGACUGCUCGGACGACAGCGACGAGCCGGCGCACUGCAACGUCGACGAGUGCGCCAAGGUGGAACUCAACCAGUGCGCGCACAAGUGCAUCGACACGCCAACCGGUUUCAACUGCGAGUGCAACGAAGGAUACAAAUUGAUGGACGACGGAAAAGCGUGUCAAGACAUCAACGAGUGUAUGGAACUACCCGGAGCUUGUCCCCAAUACUGUCUGAACACGCCGGGAUCGUAUUAUUGCAAGUGCGACGAAACGUUCUACGACCGCACGUCCGACGAACGGACCUGUAAACGACGGGAUCGGAUCAAGCCGUGGUUGAUUUUCACGAACAAAUAUUACGUGCGAAAUAUGUCGUUGGACGCCUCGGAAUAUGCACUUAACCACCAGGAUUUGUUGAACGUGGUGGCGUUGGACUUUGACUAUCUGGACGGUAAAUUGUACUUCUGCGACGUCAGCGCAAAGACCAUAUACAGAACGGCGGUGGGCAGUACCGAGAGGGAGAAAAUCAUCAGGCACGACAGCCACGGGCUGGAAGGUAUCGCCGUGGACUGGGUGGGCAGGAAAAUCUACUGGCUCGACCGGCACAGCAAACAUUUGGAAGUGGCCGAGCUGAACGGCACGAACAGAAGGACCCUGAAGUCCGGCAUCCAAGACCCAAGAGCCAUCGCCGUCCACCCCGGCACCGGUUACUUGUACUUCACCAGCUGGCACCUACAGGCUUACAUUGGCAAAAUCGGCAUGGACGGUAGCAACUUCACUCAGAUUUUAACCCACGAAGACGACAUAGCUUGGCCGAACGCGCUCACCAUCGAUUACUUCACCGAGCGCAUUUAUUGGGCCGACGCCCAUUUGGACUACAUAGCUUCGGCCGACCUGGAAGGCAAACACAAACACAUAGUGUUGUCGGGAGAUUCAGUGCCGCACGUGUUCGCCCUGUCUCUGUUCGAAGACGAGCUGUUCUGGACCGACUGGAACCUGAAGGCGAUAGUGAAAUCCAACAAAUUUACAGGACACCAUUACCAAGUGUUGAGAAACACCACGCACAGGCCGUACGAUUUGAACGUGUACCAUCCGCUCAGGCAAAUACCGUACGCUAACCCGUGCGGAAGCGACAACGGCGGUUGUUCUCAUUUGUGUUUGCUGCGACCCGUCCCGGGAGUGGAGCCGUCGCCGGACAGUUACUUGAACUCCAAAAGUCCGGUGGCGUUCACUUGCGCUUGCCCCAACCAGUUCUAUUUGGAUCCACGCGACAACAAGACUUGCGUCUCCAACUGCACUACCGGACAACACGAGUGCAAGCAAAACGAUCAGAAAUGCAUUCCUUGGUUCUGGAAAUGUGACGGCGAAAAAGACUGUGCCGACGGGACGGACGAAAUCCAAAGCGAAUGCCCCACGAGAUAUUGUCGCGGAGGAGCGUUCCAAUGUCAGAACCGCAACUGCACGCCGUCGGCUACUAUUUGCGACGGAAUCGACGACUGCGGCGACGGAUCGGACGAGAAGAACUGCGAUUUGCCGUGUCCCGAUUUGGAGUUCAAAUGCCGGUCGAACGGUCGGUGCAUCCUGGACGCGUGGAAGUGUGACGGCGAACCCGACUGCAAAGACGGUAGCGACGAAGACCCGUCGUUGUGCCAUAACAGACCUUGCGACCCGAAAACCGAGUUCUCCUGCAAGAACGGCCGGUGUAUACCGAAGCUGUGGGUGUGCGACUUCGACAACGACUGCGGCGACGAUUCGGACGAGCCGGCUUUCAUGUGCCGGCAACGGAACUGCACGACCGGCUGGCAACGGUGUCCCGGCCGGACCAACUACCGGUGCAUCCCCAAGUGGUUGUUCUGCGACGGCAAGGACGAUUGUCGCGACGGCUCCGACGAACUGGCGGAGAACUGCCCGAAGUGCCACGUGACCGGCGACUUCCAGUGCAAGAACAACAGGUGCAUACCGAAGAGAUGGCUGUGCGAUUUCGAGAACGACUGCGGCGACAACUCGGACGAGUCCGAAGACAUGUGCAAGGGCCUGUACCGGCAGUGUUCCGAGUCGGAGUUCCAGUGUUCCAACGGCAAGUGCGUACCGGGCCAGUGGAGGUGCGACCACGACGACGACUGCGGCGACAACUCGGACGAGCUCAACUGCGGCGGUUUCCAGUGCAAAAACGGCACGUUCCAGUGCAAGAGCGGCCACUGCAUCGCGUCGUACUUCCGGUGCGACGGCGACCGGGACUGCAGGGACUUCAGCGACGAGAUCGGUUGCCCCCCCAGAUAUCCGGGAGGCCGGUACUGUCCCGUGUCCAAGUUCGAGUGCAAGACCACCAAACUGUGUAUCUUCAACACCGAACUGUGCGACGGCGAAGACGAUUGCGGCGACGGUUCCGACGAAGCGCCCGAACUUUGCUCCAACUUGAGUUGCACUCUCGACAACCGGUUUUUGUGCGAAAACAAACAUUGCAUCCCGAUGUACAAACGCUGCGACGGCGUGGACAACUGCGGCGACGGGUCGGACGAGAACGACUUGAGCGUUUGCGGCAUAACGCACAACGGCCGGCAAUGCGACCACUACACCGAAUUCACGUGCGCCGACCGCAAAUGCGUGAACAAGUCGAAACUGUGCAACUUGCAAUACGACUGCGAAGAUUUGUCCGACGAGAAAGGAUGCAUUUACAGCGGCACCUGUUUGGAGUCGACCAAAGGAGGUUGCGAGCACUAUUGUUUGAACGUGACUUCCGGCAGGGGAUACAGCUGUGCUUGUUACGCCGGAUACGAAGUGAGCGCGGACAAUAGUAAAAAAUGCACCGAUCUGGACGAAUGCGAACUGGGACUGCACCAUUGUUCGCAGGAGUGCACGAACGUAAACGGUACGUACAUGUGUUCGUGUCGCGACGGUUUCGUCUUGAGCGACCUGUUGAGCGGCGUGUGCAAAGCGUUGGAUCCAAAGGUGACGGUGGUCUACACGAACGGACCGGAAAUCCGAGGGUACGACGCCAACGAGAAGAAGUACCUGUCGAUAUUGAGCAACGAGAAACGCAUACGCGCCAUCGACUUCGACCCCAACACCGAGAUAAUCUACUGGGCCGACUCGUACGACCAGUCGAUCAAGCGGUCUUACAUGGUGGACGCCAAGGGCGGUCAAGUCAAAGUGGGAUACCCGCAGGACCUGGACAUCCAAGGACCGAACAAGCCGGUGGCCGUGGCUAUCGAUUGGAUCGGCGAUAAUCUGUACUGGGCCGAGAUCGACAUGACCAACGAGAAGCCCAAGGGCCGGAUAAUGGUGUCCAAACAAGACGGCCGGUACAGGCGGUCGAUCGUCAGCAGCGAACUGGAAUCGCCGUCGUCGAUGGUAUUGGAUCCGGAAAUGGGCAAAAUGUUCUGGGCCGACGUCGGGGAGAGCCCGAAAAUCGAAAUGUCCUGGAUGGACGGUUCCAGACGGCUGCCGUUGGUCACCACUAGGUUGCACCAUCCCACGGGAUUGACCGUCGACACGGCCGUGGGCCAUUCCCUUUACUGGGUGGACACCAAACUCAACACGAUCGAGACGAUCAAAUACGAUCAGAGAAACCGUAAAGUAGUCGUACGAGGAGAACACCUCCGCCAUCCCGUGUCUUUGGACCUGUUCGAAAAUCAACUGUACUGGUUGACCAGAGAAACGGGAGAACUGAUGAGACAAGACAAAUUCGGCCGAGGCGUAGCCGUGACUAUCGCCAAAGACCUGGUCAAUCCCGCCGGAGUCAAAGUUUAUCACAGCCAGAGGUACAACGUGUCGUUGCCAAACCAUUGCCUGGAUGCCGGCUGUUCGCACUUGUGUCUGUUGGUGCCCGGCGGCGUGUACUGCGCUUGUCCCGACCACACGCACGUCCAACAGGGCGCCAGCGAGAAAAUCUGCGACGCCGCCGAAGAACCGCCCAAACCGGCACCGCGGAUCUGCCCGUGCCAGAACGGCGGCAUUUGUAUCGGCGACAACGCUGCUUUGGGUUCGACCGCCGAAUUGAAUUGCCUUUGUCAACCGGACUUUAGCGGAAGGUUCUGCGACAUCACUUCCCGGCGAUCCAGGCGAACCGGCAUUUUCAGCUCGAUGCUCGUCGUGCCGCUCACGGGACUCCUGUUGCUCCUGGUGGCCGGAGCCAUAUUCUUAUUCAUCCGGAAAAGACCGUUUGGCAAAGGAGCCGUUUUGGGCGGCCUGACAAAUUCGCAGAGCGUGUCGUUCAGACAAGGGACUAACGUGGAAUUCGGUCCGAACGCGUUCAACAACGGUCCCGGUGGAGGGGAACCGUUGGACGUGGAAUACAACAUGACCGACAUAAGCGGCAAAAACCGGGACUUCAGCAAUCCCAUGUACGACGCCCUGGGCGGCAACCUGGACUCGGACACGGGCGGCGGUAUUUACGAAGUGCCUCUGGACGUUACCAAAACCAAGGGUCUGGUGCAAGAGCCGGCCUCGGCCAUACUGGCGCCUUCCACGAUCAUACAGAAGACCUCGCCGCAGAUACAGAGAAGGCACCGGGAACUGGAACCGGCCACGACGGACACGGGCAAAGACACGCAAAUGUUGGUCGAAGAAACCGACGACUGAAAGAGAGAGAGAGACCAAAAAAAAAAAAAAUAUUAACAAUAAUAAUAG